AUGCAAGCUGCAUCAACCGCAACGGAUGAGAGACGUCAGGCGGCCGUGCGUAACUUUGUCGCCACUCAGCUCAUCCAUUUAAACUUCUGCGUAACUGUCAGCUGUAGUGCGAAAUCCGGGUUGAGGAACUGCGACGUCCAUCUUGCGUGCAAAGGUUGCCAGAAAUUGUGGGCCGCUCUAACAACCCUGGUUCAAGUGAUCGUCCUUGGCGAAGUAGGCCUUGAAGUUCUUGGCGAUCCUGGUUGGGCAAUGAGAGGGGUGGCGGAGUGUGCGGCAUCGGGUUACGGCAGUGCCAGGGUUGGAGUAACGUUUUUUUCUGGCUUCAAAGGCCUGACUUGUGUUCCAGUGAUGGAUACUGUUGAAGGUGGAGAGAACCGAAUUUUCGUGGAAAUUCCAUGUGGAUCUCACUUUUUAAUCCAGUCUGCUUUAGAUGAUAAUCACACCCAUCUCUGGGGUGACAAAGAGUUCAAAACUUUACCACUGCACCAAGGAUCAGACAUUUAUUACAUCAAAACAGGAGGAAUACUAUGGGAGGGCAACAAGAAUGCCACUGAGUUGUGUCCUACCAUUUCUGUGUCUCCAUUCAUGUAUGCAUACAUGACAAGGAAAACUAUCUCAGCAUACAAGGUAGUCAUGGAAACACUCAAGGAGGUGAGUGAGUUGGAUCUUCAUGACAUCUCAAUCAUGACUGACUGGGAAUCAUCUUUGCGUGAAGCAAUGUGGAUGUAUUUCCCACAGUCAAAAUACAAGGCUGUUGGUUUCACUACUCAAGGGUUCAUCCAUGGUCACCAAAGGACAUCCCAACAAGUGAAAGAGAAGUAUGAAAUGAACCCAAGAAAAGAAAAGCUGCCGUACAAGUUUGGAUUAUUGGUGUUCCUCAACACAGUGAAAAACAAAAGUGACAAUUUGCAUCAUGCAAAUGAAAUGAUGCCUAUAGAAAGGGACAUCAGUUGGACAGAUCAUGCAAAAGUGAAAGAGCCUUUAACAUCAAUGCAACUCACUUAUCAUCUAAAGCAGACUGGAUUAAAAAGAAUGCAACACCUACUGGAAGAGAACAAUGAACAGAAGACAGAAAUAAAGCACCUUAGAAAGAACACUACUGGCAAGCAAGUCUACAGUGGGUAA